GGCAUACAAAGACUAUAAUCUUGUACCAGACCGGUAGUACAUGGUAUACAUCGCAUGCAUGAAUGCCAUCUUCCCCCGAAUUCGCCGAUACAGCAACUAUUAGAUAGAGUACUCCACUAGUCAGUCAUGUGCAUGUACUUACUGCACAGUACAUACUGUACAUACGACGGAACUCUCAGUGUUCCUAGACUAACUAAAUUCAAUCAUGGUUAUACACCGUUGGAUGGCAAUAUGAAAAUAUGUCGGACAAUCUCUCGGUCAGUGGAUGUCGUCGUACAUACGAUGGCAACAGGUGUCCGGUAUAUCUAUGCCUCCCUCCUGCUUCUACUGUUCUCUGUCUCCCUUCUUUUCUGCUCUCUUAUCCUGGACAUCCUCCACCCUCUAACCCAUGAACCACUCGAAACCCUCACUUUAUCUUUGAUAUACCUUACCAACGCUUGACAUAGUUCGCUGAUCGUCUCUGUUCGUACUGGUAAAUCGGAAGCUAUCCAUUCUCGUGAAUAGCUUCUAGAGAUUGUUUCUUGUUAUACUUAGCCAGUCACCGCCACUUUUCUUCCACUUCCACUUCUUCUUCUUCUUCUUCUUCUUCUUCUUCUUCUUCUU